GCGCACUGUACUGACCUUGCCCGUCCUCGCACCGGAGUUGAUAAAAAGAAACAAUCUGGAGAAGAAAUGAAUCCGAUGGACGCAGCGGUAGCAGCCGUGGCUGGCCGAUCUAGGGUGGCCAUCCUUCUCGACUUUGACGGUACCCUGGCCCCACUGGAAUUGCACCCGGACCUUUCCACCCUGCCCAAAGCCACGGCAGCCGUACUGAAAAGAUUGGCUGCUCGGGCGCUGGUUGGCAUCGUGUCUGGCCGCCCUUUGCCGAACAUCCGUCGCAUGGUGAGCAUCGAAGGCUUGGCAUACGCAGGCUGUCACGGGCUCAACAUUUUGCACCGGGACGGCACCACAUAUGACUACCCGCUGCCUGACGGCGCUGUGGAGACAAUUCAAGCGUUGAAACAAAAACUGCAAAGGCUGUGUCGAGACGGAGCGUGGAUCGAGGACAAGGGAGGUGAACUGACAUUCCACUACAGAGAGGUGCCUUCUGAUCUUCACGAGUACUUCGCGUCAGAGGCGAUUGCCGUGGUCCAGGCGUCUGGCUUGAAGGUUGGCCUGGCCCAUAGUGCGAUUGAAGCCAAGCCAGUGGUCAAGUGGCACAAGGGGGCAGCCUGUUUGAAGAUUCUGGGGCACGAGUGGGGGGAAAAUUGGUCCUCUGAUGACUCUGCCGUCAUUUACGCGGGGGACGACACCACUGAUGAAGAUGCCUUUAAAUCGCUCAACGACUCGGGUUUGACCAUCCGGGUCACCUCCUCGGGAAACGUACCGACGGCAGCUCAGCUGAAGGUGCCGAGUAUAGGCGCGGUUCUUCAGGUCUUAGAGGCCGUGGCUAAUCAUCUUGAAAGUGAAUAGCAGGACUCAACAUGAAUAAUUUCUAAAAAGAGCUGAUAUUAAAUGGGGAAUACUGUUUUGUUAAA